AUGGAUUCUUAUCCAUCUACGCAGACUUCAAAGUUUGUUGAACUACUUAAUGGUCAACAAAGUAUUUUCUUUGGUAACUAUGAAGAUAGUUCGACACUAUCUUCAUCACAAGUUCAUUUUCUAGGCACUCUAGGUUCCGAAGCUUCAAACUUUGGUGGAGACACUGCUGCAGACCGUAGAGAACAAAGGAAGUGGACGCCAACAGAUGAUGUUGUGCUCAUCAGCUCGUGGUUAAACACGAGCAAAGAUCCUGUUGUUGGCAACGAGCAUAGAUCAGACGCUUUCUGGAAAAGAAUAGCAGCCUACUUUGCGGCAACCUAUGAAGCUGCAAACCGAGAGAAGAGUAGCAGACAAAAUGAGAAUGAUGUUCUCAAACUAGCUCAUCAAAUAUUCUACAACAACCGUAAGAAGAAAUUAACGCUUGAACACGCUUGGAAGGAGCUGCGCAACGACCAUAAGUGGUGUGACCUUGCUACUGCUAAAAACGAAGGGAGCUCUAAAAAGAGGAAGUUUGAGGACGGUGCAGAUUCAUCAAGCUCUCAAGCAACUGAAAACAAGCGUCCCCCGGGUGUUAAGGCCGCAAAGAUGAGUGGUAAGAAGAUGAUGGCAGAGGAGAAUGCGCUGAAUGAGUUUUAG